CAGCCCCCACCAUCACCAUCAGCAGCAGCAGAAUUUUCGGAUGCAGAUACCAGGGUGGGUGGGACCACUUCCUGCAGAGAUCUCGCUUUCUGAUUGUGACGGGGGUCUUACUGUCAGGAUAGCAAAGGAAACACCACACACUCUGCUUGUGGGUGUGGAGGGAUGUCCACCAGGAUUGAGUUGCGCUCCUGCCUCAUCAUGCCAUAGAGACACUUGCAGAAAGUGUUCUUCGAGAAAGCUGAAGGAGAUCCCCAAUCCGGCGCUUCAGGGCAAGACGACAAGAAGACAGUGAAAGGGCAACCACCACGAGAGGUCUAAUUGCACCAUGACUUAGAAGAAAGAUCAAAAAUAUAGCUCUUGUGGGUUCUCACGUCUUCAGAGAUCAAGAGCGUCUACCCUUCGUUGUGCUUUCUCCUGUUACUAUUUCUUCAUCUGUUACUAUUUCUACGUGGGUGGAAGGGGGAGAAGCGAGCGUCCUCGUUGUAGCAACAUCUUUUCCUAGUUUGUAAGAGGCUCCCUAGGAGACUAUGGCAUGGCCCUGUAUCACCAGGGCGUGCUGCAUAGCCCGAUUCUGGAACCAGUUGGAUAAGGGUGACAUUGCGGUUCCUCUGGUCUUCACCAAGUAUUCGGAGGCCACCGAUGGAGGUCCGCUACACCAAGCUCACCUUCAACAGCCUCAAGCCCGUCCUAUUGCUUCCGCUGUUGAGGCACAGCCUGCCCAAGUAGAGGCCGACCAUGGUGCUGGGUCUACCAGAGACUUGUCCCACCAUCCCGGGCCUGCCCAUAGCAAAGAGCCAUCUGGUUCAGUCAUGCGUGAGGAUUAUAGGCACUGGAACGUAAGGCCAGGGGUUAGCUGCAAACCCAAGAGCGAGUAUCUACCGUCCGAAGCUCCUUUUGAAACAGAGACGCAGUACAAGAAAGAUUUCAAAGCUUGGCCCAUUCCUCGUCGUGGGGACCAUCCAUGGAUUCCAAAGCCUUCACCAGGCCUAGCUGCCCCUACAGCCUCAAGUGCUGCCAAAAUGAAGAAAACACCAGUAGCCUUACCCGAGAAAAGAGCAGAGGAACUUCCUAAAGUGGAGCCCACAGAAUUGGUGGUUCCCAAAGUCAAGGCAUCUGUUACCUUUAGCAGUGUGGCGGAUAUACAGUCCACUAAUAAAGAGGUCCAGGAGAGGCAAAACAGGGCGAGAUCUCCAUCCACAAGAUGGUCCAUGGAAGGCCUGAGACCAAGAGAUGCAGCCGAUAUACUCAACAGACAGAUCAAAGAGGAAGGAGGAGCAGGCAGCUCAUACAGGUUGUCACAAAUGGCAUGGCCUUGUGUUACCCGGGCAUGCUGCAUUGCCCGCUUCGGGAACAAACAAGACAAGGGCGACAUUGCAGUGCCUUUAAUGUUUUCGAAAUAUUCCGAAGUGACAGAUGGACCUCAUCUGAGCCAGCCACCACGCCCUGGGUCUGCUGCCAUAGAAACUCAGCCACCGCUGGCAGAUUCAUACUAUGGAGGCCAGUCUAGGUCAUCCAGGGACUUCUCGAGAAGAUUGGAGUCUUCCAGGGAUUCGGUCACCAGACAGGAUUUCAAGCCUUGGAAGUCAACCCCCGAGCAAAGCUGCAAACCGAGGAGUGAGUAUCUUCCCUCCGAAGCUCCUCUAGAAAGAGAGACCCAAUACAAGAAAGAUUACAGGUCCUGGCCAAUCCCGCGCCAAGGUGACCAUCCAUGGAUCCCAAAACCCAUCCAAGGUCCAGCUUACCACCCUCCGGUUGAGGAUCGAAAGAAGAAAGAUCUCAUGGGUUCUAUUUUGCCACCUGUGGAGAAGAGGAUAAGUGAUGCUGAGAUAGCCGGGAGGGUAGCCAUCGCCUAUAACGUCACCCCGGAGAUUUUGGUAUCGGUAGUGGAGGAAAGUAAAGUCAUCCAGCACCGGGAAAAGUUAACCAGUGCCAACCCACCCUCCAUGGAGACAGCACCACUUCAAAGUCAAGGGGUUGAGGAUCAUGGAGCACGUUCCUCAUACAGGAACGAGUUCAGACCUUGGACUGAUGUGAAACGUGUGAAACCAAUAAAGAGCAAGCCUCAGUAUCGAUUCCCGCAGGACAAAGUGGUGCACGAGACCAGCUACAACGCCACCUUCAAGGGCGAAUGCAACCAACCAUCGGCCGGGGACAACAAACUGACCGACCGUCGGAGGAUACGCAGUCUCUACAGUGAACCCCAUAAAGAAUCCCCCAAGGUGGAGAAGCCGAGCGUCCAGCCUUCCAAACCAAAAAAGACAACCACCCCAAGCCAUAAACCGGUGAAAAAGGCCAAAGACAAGCAGAUCAUCCCCGGCCGAGCCUCCAAAAAGAAGGCGCCCGAGACCGCCACCUCCCCCGCCGCCAAACCCGAAGACAAGGAGAAGAGCAAAGAGAUGAACAAUAAACUGGCCGAAGCUAAAGACAGGACGGUAUCUGCUCCCCCCGAGGAACCAUCAGCCAACGAUCAUAGGUUUAAUCAGAGAAACAAUUUAAUUGUAUUCUUAUGAUUUCUGCCCUUGGCUUGUCACUGGCGCUAUCUUUUUACUAUAUGAUUCCACAGAAGCUCAACGAUGACCCCGAUACGGGCGACCAAGGGCAGGACAGGCGUGAUCCUGGUGUAUGAUGGGAGUCCCUGCCUCGUCUGGGUCUGCGAUAUA